GGCACAAUGGCGGCGCCCUUGCCCCCGCUGCGUCCCGUCACCCACCUGCUUUUUGACCUGGAUGGCCUCCUUCUGGAUACUGAACGGCUGUACUCAGUGGUGUUUGAGGCAGUCUGCGGUCUCUAUGGGAAGAAAUACAGCUGGGAUGUGAAGUCCCUUGUUAUGGGUAAGACGGCGUUGGAGGUGGCCCAGAUCAUCGUAGACACCCUGCAGCUCCCGACGUCCAAGGAGGAGCUGGUGGAGGCCAGCCAGGCGAAGCUGAAGGAGGUGUUCCCCACCGCCGCGCUCAUGCCAGGUGUGGAGAAGCUGAUCCACCACCUGCGGAAGCACGGCGUGCCCUGUGCCGUGGCCACCAGCUCAGGGACCGCAUCCUUCCAGAUGAAGACCAGCAGACACGAGGGCUUCUUCAGCUUGUUCCAUCACGUCGUGCUCGGCGAUGACCCCGAAGUGAGGAGUGGGAAGCCGGAGCCAGACAUCUUCCUGGCGUGCACCCGCAGGUUUUCUCCUGCCGCUCCCGUGGAGCAGUGCCUGGUCUUUGAAGAUGCUCCCAAUGGGGUGGAGGCUGCCCUCGCAGCUGGGAUGCAGGUGGUCAUGGUUCCCGACGGAAACUUAAACUGAGACCUGACCACAAAGGCCACCC